AUGGUUUUACUAAUAGUCGUCGUUCGUCUCCUCCAAUUCUUCUACUAUCUCAAGUUUUCGGCUCUUCUCCUUCUGGGAUUCGCUCUCAGAGGGAAGAGGCUCUUUUGGAAGGUGCACAGAGAGAAACCAGAGUGUUUGGAAGGAUGGAACAGUCGGUAUAUCAAAUUGAAGGUGAUAGUAAAUGACCGGAAAAACAAAAAAGUAGUAUUUAGAAAGUACGACUUCAUUACGUUCAAACUGGAUCCGACGACAAGCCUCUCAUGCUUUUCAUCCAUGGAUAUCCAGAAUUUUGGUAUUCGUGGCGCUUCCAGUUGAAGGAAUUCGCCGAUCGAUACAGGUUUGUUUUAAAAUAUUGCCGGACAAGCCUGAAACCCGGCGUUGCCGGGUUUCAGGCUUGGCUACGGGCAUUGAAAAUUGAGAGAUAGGGCGCGAUUUAAACGCAGGUCACUAAUUUUCAGAUGCGUGGCAAUCGACCAACGCGGCUACAAUCUUUCGGACAAACCGAAACUCGUUGAAAACUACUCGAUUGACGAGCUUACCGGCGACGUGAGGGAUGUGAUCGAAGAGCUCGGCUACGAGAAAGCGAUCGUGGUCGCGCACGACUGGGGAGGUCUCGUCGCCUGGGAGUUCGCGGCUCGUUUUCCAGAAAUGGUCGAAAAACUGAUCUGCUGCAACAUUCCUCGCCCGGGCGCGUUCGCCAAGAGACUCUCUGGCAGUUGGUCGCAAUUCAGAAAAAGCUGGUACAUAUUCUUUUACCAAAACGAGAAGAUUCCGGAGCUUCUGUGUGUUGCGGAUGACAUGAAAAUGCUCGAAAUGUGCUUCAGAGCUAAGCCAAUGGGCAUUCGAAAUUCGCAGAACUUUACCGACGAGGAUCUGGAGGCGUGGAAGUAUUCGUUUUCGAUGAACGGCGCCUCGUUCAAGUAUCCCAUCAAUUAUUACAGAAACAUUUUUACCAAUUUGAAGCCGAAGAGAGAUCCGAUUCUGGAGGUUAGUUAACUUCAACUUGAUGGGACCGUCUUGAUUGUCAACUAAUGUUUCCAGAUGCCCACUCUCAUCAUCUGGGGAACCGGCGACGGCGCGUUGGACGUGGAGGCCGCUGAGGAGAGCUGCAAAACGCUGCGAAACGCAACAUUCAAGACGAUUCCAGGCGCGUCGCACUGGGUACAACAGGACGAACCGGAGCUCGUCAACUCGUAUAUCACCGAUUUUUUGCGGCAAUAA